AUGAUUUCAGUGUUCACUGACCUGAAAGAAGCCUACCGCUCGGUUGACCGCGAAGCCCUAAAGGCCGUUCGUCAAUGGUGCCCCAUUUUGCCCUUCCUGUUUCAUUUCGUCUUAGACGAAGUACUGGAGAACGCAUUGUGUGAAAAUCCUGAAAAGAAGUACAUAUAUGCUUGUUCACAAGCUUCGUGGAUCGGGGGUUUAAUCGAUUUAGUCCAAACAUCACCUGAGUCGGCGGGGAUCUUCCUGUUAAUACAGAAGAUAUUUGGAUCACAAAAACCCGACGAAGUUGCCGAAGUUGCUAAAACAAAGGGGUUUUCUGAGGACGAGGUUAACGCAGUAAUGUCAUAUUUCGCUUGUGUUUGCGGCAAUUUGGGCAACUAUCAAAACUUUGGUGAUACCAAAUUCAUACCGGCUAUUUCUCACAAUAGACUUGCGGAAUUUCUCUCAGUGACAGACGCUUUCUCGAAAACAAUGUUUGAGGAAUUAAGCCCUUCUAUAUACUCCCUAAAUUCUCGCCGGCUGCGACUUGGGUUCGGACCAUCAGAAGGAAUUUCCACGUAUUAUUCCGCAGAUUGUUCUCGGGAAGACGCUGAGAUCGCUCAAACCUACCUGAAGGCCACAAACAUGGAAGCCUACAAUACUCGGUUGUUCAAAGAAUGUACAUCCGAGGAUAACCGUCAUGUUGUGUCGUUGCGUAUUGCUUCAGCUGACAAGAAGGUGAUUCCGGCGGAACCUAUUGUGAAGCUCCCAUCGGACUGGUCGUUUCAGUUACACUUCGGUGAUUUGAGUGAACUGAUGUCCGUUCUUGUUGAUAGCAUACAGCUGGUUUUACCUGUUGUGUUGAAUGAAGAUCAAAAAAGAAUGUGGGCUUUGUAUGCAGAAAGCUUCAAGACUGGUAGUAUCGAUGCUCACAAGGAAGGAUCCAAAGUUUGGGUUAAAGACAGAAGUCCGGCUGUGGAAACGUAUAUCGGUUUCAUUGAAAGUUACCGAGAUCCUCUUGGUGUGAGAGCGGAAUUCGAAGGGUUCGUGGCAAUUGUGAAUAAGGUGAUUUCAGCAAAAUUUCAAAGCUUAGUUAGCAGCGCCGUGCAAAUACUUUCUCAUUUGCCCUGGCCAUCAACAUACGAGCGUGAUGUUUUCCGUAAACCGGACUUCACCAGUCUGGACGUAGUUACAUUCGCAACUUCUGGCAUUCCUAUUGGUAUCAACAUACCCAACUACGAUGAUAUUCGCGAGUCCGAUGGUUUCAAGAAUGUUUCCUUGGGCAACGUCUUGACUGCAAGGUUCAAGGAUCCAAAAGCAGAAUUUUUAUCGGAGGCAGACAAAUCAGUGUACUUGCCAAAUAUCGAAACAGCCUUCGAAAUACAGGUCGGAUUGCAUGAAUUAUUAGGCCAUGGGUCUGGCAAACUGUUUCGUCGAAACCCCGACGGCACAUUCAACUUCGAUCGUGAAACGACCAAAGAUCUUAUAACAGGCGGUCCGAUCGAAAGCUGGUAA